AUGGAACGUGAGAAGCAGAUGAAUAAUCAUCUGCUUCCGGAAGAAAUCGAAGAAUUUCUUGGGAAUCCUGCAAGAGCCACUCGUUCUUUUUUCUCUGACAGAUGGUCAGAACUUCAUCUGGGUUCGAAUCCUACUGAUAGGUCUACUAGAGAUCAGAAAUUGUUGAAAAAAGAACAAACGAAACAUCUUGCUCUUUCCAGGCGAUCGGAAAAGAAAGAAAUA